UUUGAACAGACAGCAUGCACCUUCUAUCGCCGGUGUAUUCCACACAAAUACACUCUUCGUGAUGCAGUUUUUAAUCGCCGUAUGCCGUGAGCUCGGGGGAAGAGCAGCUCGCAUAUCCCUGGCCUGUCCUUGGAAGUUAAACAGCCGUCAGUGGGCGUGUCAUCAUACGUGUUGCUCGUGUCCCUACACAGAAGAAAGGACUGCGUGCAAGCAUAACAUGCCUCACCUACGGAGACAUAUUGUGUUUCUCGCUGGUGGUCAAAAAUCCAGACACUACUGCACACGAAGUGACAAAGGCCCUACGAGUGGCAGUCAUCCGGGCAUCAGUGUGGUAGGGACGCCAAAUCCAAUCUCAUUGAUCAGAAACAAAAUAAUCUUGUUUUUGAUUCAGCUUUACUUGGACAUUUCACCUGUGGAAUUCGAAAAAGGAGCAAAGCAGGCAUUGGUCUGUGUGUCCAAUCUAUUGUCCCAUGGCAAGUUUGAAGAGCUGAGGGAUGUGAUGUCAAAUGAGGUUGUUGAACAUGCGAGGAAGAAGUACAAAACUCUUACAGAAACCGAAAGACAAAAUCUUGCCAUUGCAUCUGAUGACAUCAUUUUUCUGAUUCCAGAAGAUGUUUCACUUUUCUACGACACUGGAGGCAGGAGGUUCUGCUACGUCGUCAUGAGAUUCUGGCACCUGUCAGGCGCAGAGGUGCCCGAGGACCCGGAGGGCAGCCGCAUCUUCAAGCUGUCCGAGGCCGAGGGAGACGGCCCGCCCAAGAGGAUCCUGACAGCCGUGUACGAGUUUCACCGGGAGCUUACUCACGGAGCUCCACCAGACUGGACCGUUACUGGUAUCUGGCACUGGAAGCAGCUGGAGUGAGAGGGGGUGUUUGGUUCAGUGUUUGAUUCAGUGCUGCUCACCAUCACCUUCAGGUGGCAAGUUUCCCAGCCCAGCAGAGCUUGUCCCGACUCGGUGGACUCACUAACUGGUAUUUGGAAUUGACAGAAAACAAUCUGUUUUUCAGGGGAAUCUGGUAUUGUACUGUUGUACUAUUGUAGUGUACCUUCACCGACAGCCGAGAUCUCAGGUAAAAUGGACCAGACCUCAUAGCACUCAUGGUGCUCAGAACCAGUUUUGGUUCUAGUGAUGUUUUAUGGAAAUAUUCUGAUAUUUUUAUUUGAUAUAAACAUGACCUCAGUAUUGUGUACUCCAUCACUUCUCCAUGGCCAAUAAAAUGGUUCAGUAAAAGACUGAGAGAUGUCAGCGCAAUUAAACUUCAACAAGGAGGAUAUAAUGUUUUUCUUUGCAAAGAAGGAGAGUGGGGAGGGAGACACAUUUGGUAGUCUGUGUCCCAUUACUGCAGUCUGAAUCAAAGCAUUUCUGGGCAUGCCAAAUAUUCUAAAAAUAAAAAUACCUUGAAGAAUAUCCUUAGGAUUGGAAGACUAAUCCCCCCCAAAUUAUUCUUUUUAACAGUAAUAGCUAAAAUUCCACUAGGUGGUGAUAAAGAGCCAAUUAUGA